AUGGAAGUUGACGGUAUAGAAGAAAGCGGUUGUAAAAACCAUCCGGAUGGUGCCAAGUUUGCGAAUUUAAAGGCAUUUGUUAAUGCUGCUCGUGAGUUUGAAGCUACUCAUAGUGAAUCUGCUGUAAAUAUGAUGACCCGUUAUUUAGGGUUAAUAGCUUCAUCAUGUGAUCUAUCAAUAUUCUCACCUGGUCGAAUUGAAGUGUGUGCAUUCUUCAGUUCUCUAUGGAGAGUUAUGCGUGAUGCAAGAGGUCCGCACUGGGCAGGUGUAGCAGUUCUUGCUCGGGCUUCGAUAGAGCCUAGUGCAAGACAUGCUCUAACACACACAUACAAGUUUAUGCCAAUCUUAGCCCGUCUGUUAUCUGACACAACAUCAAAUGACAAGAAAAUGAAACUUCUUUCUGUGAUGCAGGACAUCUCAUAUGGAAUUAAAAUUAGUUGGCAAGAAUGUUAUCUCACCAGACUAAUGAAGCAGCUGACAGAGUGGAUAACUCAACCAAUGACCGAGCCGCAACACAGGACUAUUGGCCACAAAUCACUUACAGUGUUAGUCAAUGUGUGUUAUGGGAAUCUACCUGCAAUCUAUGCAUUGAUGAGGACAGUUGACACCAAGAACUUUGUUGGUCAUUUAAUAAGUUUAAAGGAUGGAGGUUAUGGUGGGGUGGAAGUAUGCCGCUUGUUAUUAUGUCUGUCUAAUGGCACGCGAGGGUCUGCAAACACAAGGCAGCCAGAUGUCACACACAGUUACUUGUCCUGUACUAUGAAGACAUUUAACAAAGCUAUCGUCGAAAGAGAUGCUACACAGUUACUUCAUGCUUAUACAUUCAUCAAUGACUUAUGUGCAGACAGUGAUGUCAAGAGUUUCGUUCUUACAUAUCCAGAUUUUUCAACUUCGCUUCAAAAUUCAAUGAAGAGUAUUGAUGAAUUAUGUAAAGUGGUGCCAGAUGAUAUGGGUGAACCGGAAACCAGCUGUUUAAGAUAUGUACUGAAGUUCGUUACGGUUUUGGUUAAUUUAGAUCUGUAUUCACUUCGAAGUCACCACUGCCAGCUGGUCUGCCUGUGUAUGAAAUCUAGUCGGACUUGUUUGCCGGACGCAUUGGAACUUUUCGCCGCUAUUGUUUCGCAAUAUAGAGAUGAGGGUGCACUACCAAGAGAGCUGAUAUCAGUUAUAAGUGAUGGACUCCCAGGACUUUUGGUACCCCCUGCUUUGGAACCUGGGAAAGCCGGAUUACAAUGGUUGCAAGUGGUAGGAGCUCUGUGCGAAUCGGGUGAAACCCAGGAGCGCGUAUUACAAGAGGUAACACCGGACUCCUUCGAGGACACCUUGUACGGUGUUCUGCAGUAUACUUCCCAGAAUGGACCAGUGGGAACGGAGACGGGCGUGCAGUGCGUUAUUGUGGCUUGUCGCACCGGACUAGCCCUGGCGCCACUCUCGCGCCACUGGGAAGCUGCCUUCGCGAGAAUGUUGGCACAUCAUCAGGUUAGAAAGUUACUGUGCGCGUGCCUCGCGAGCAAUAACGGGACACGGCGGAGACAAAUCUUGCAGAUAAUCAAGCAUCAUUACUUUCCGUCGGACCAAAUGAAUCAGAUUUUCGGUGAAAGUCUCCACAACAUGUCGGACGUAAGCGUGGAGAGUGCGUCUCCGCGAGUGGACGCAGACAGCGAGAGUCUUUGGGCAACCGAACGCCUCACACCCUGCCAAGAGCUGGCCAUAAACACACUCAUAAGCAGACUCAAUGAGUCCUUACAAGCUGGCAAGAUAACCGACAUAGCGACCUCAAGCGCCAUGGAACUAUACGGCUACAAAUUGACGUGUUUAGAGCAGAGGCUGCAUUCUCAUGCAGUCACUUUACAGAGUGCAACGGAACAUACUGCGUCUCUUCAACAUGCGCUGGCGUUAAUGCAAGCCACGAAUACGUCCCAGCAAGACGUUUUAUACACUACGCAGAUGCAAAAUGAGAAAUAUAAAAAGACCAUAGAAGAGUUGCACAAACAAUUGGAAGACGCGGAGAAAACUUUACAAAGUUUCCGAGCUAAACUAGCAGGAGAAAGGCUUGACAAAGAAAACCAAAAAGAAACGUUACAUAAAGAGUUCAGAUCCCAAGUAGCUAACAUAGAAAGUGAAAUGAAAGCUCGCGAAAGAGAAAUGGAGGAGCGCUACAAACAACUGGAACUAGACAACAGAUCAGUGCAGAAGAAAUUAGAACAACAGACGAACAAAAAUAGCGAGUUAGCCAGCGUUCUUAUAAAAUUCGAAGAGCGAGUUAAACAUAAAGACAAAAAGUUAGAAGAGGCUGCUACCGCUGAGGGCGCUUUAAGACGGGAAAUAGAUCAAAGGGACAAUAUGAUAAAACAAUUGGAGAAGACUGUGGUGGAACGAGAGAACAGACUGUACCAAGUGACCUCGCAGAUGGAAGAAAUGAAGCGCGUACAAGAGAUGGUGGCAAAGCUUAUGAGCAAAAGCACUUCUACAACUGCCAGUUAAAGUUUGGAGUUUACAGAAGAUGAAAACUGUCUUGGGAUCUCAUAAUUUUUUUUUUUCGUAAUUCCACCGUGUCCACUCAAAAUGAAUUGUAAUCGGUUAUAUACAAUGAUAAUGAUUUUAAAAUUAAAUUUCAUUGGUUAAAAGUAAACCUGAAAUAUAUAUGAUGGUCAUUAAAUUUAUAAAGUAUUUUAACAAAUGUUAAACUAAUAGAUGAUUGCGUGCAAUCUAAAAGCUUUUUCAUGGCCUCGCUUACCAUAUCGACUCAUUACAAACUCUAUUUAAAUUAUCUUUAAAUGUGAGAUUUUCUGUGUGACAUGAAAUGUUGUUUUAAGUGUAUGACGAGUGGCAUACGCGUUGCCAACGCGUUGUCAACUCUUAAAUUACUGGCACAAAAAUAUUGAAAACUUUGCUGUAUGUCACAUAAAUUUUUUUUUGGUAAUCAUAGCAUUAUUUCUAGACCUGACAAUAAUUGUGUUUAGAGAUUGAUGUGCAACAGAAUAAUACUUUUGCAAUUUGAACCAUCGAUUUUAUUUUCAUAUGUAUAUAAGUAAUGUUUUGAUGUUAAUGAUUUUAUGUCUUCAUAUUAUGUAUAUGAAAUGAAUAAUCAUAAUAUUUUUUCAAACUCUCAUUGAUAACUCUAAACUGACCAUCUACUGA